AUGGGUUAUCAGUUUGAACCGCCAGUCGCUAAUAUGAAGUCCAGCCCAAGCCACUCCCCAUGUCGCUCAGACGGAAACUCGUCAGAGCCGCUCAUACUUGACAAGAAAUAUUUCGAUGACAAGCAGAGCAUCAAACCCUGGUUGCACUCCCAGCUAGUGUCCAAGGGCAUCAACAUCGUUAUCGAGCGGUCGGACGAUACCAAAAUCGUGUUCAAGUGCAAAAAUAGCCAUAGUUUUGCUCCAAGCGCACAUUCCGCAAAGGUGAAUAAACUGUCCAAGUCGCUAACAAAAGACGCCGGGAAAAGACAGAAGGGUAACUGUCCGUUCAGAAUAAGAGCCAACUACUCGCUGCGGGCGAAAAAGUGGUCUAUCGUCGUGGUCAACGACCAGCACAACCACGCCCUGUAUCCUUCGGGCUCCAGCCAAGCCGACUCGGACACGAGAUCUGGUGUCGGCUCCAGUGUUCAGAAGCCUGCUCUCACGGCUCCUUUGAUCAACAAGAGACCGACUUUUGGCCCUACCAACACGCUGCUUAUGGCCGCUCAGACGGCCAACACCCAGCUGCAGCCCAUGCCCAAGUUCCAGCUACCCCUGCCGCUUAACUUCGGACACGUGCAGCAAACACCCGUGCAGGCCGGAUCUGACUCCUUGAGCACGUCAAAGUCGUCGUCUUCGUCGUCGUCGCCCAAACUGUCCUUCGCAGAGGGCGCCAACUCGGCCGUGAAGGAUGCGAAGGCGGGCCAGAGCACGCCGCAGCAGCAACAACGGCUGAGCGUGCUGCACAUCGAGAUCAACAACCUGCUGCUCCAUCUGAACACGUCGUCGGGCCUGUCAGAUGCCAACAAGGAGGAGACCUACUUCAAGAUCAUCUCCACACUCAAAGACACUCUCAAACAGCAAGCUCCACACACGUACUCGCCAACAUCCGGGACGAACAGUCCUUCGCACACACUUUCGCACAAUACCUUAUUCAACUACACCACAAACAACGCUCCUGGCUCGUCGGAGAAGAUCAUGCUUCCGUCGAUAUCCAACACUCUUCACGGAUCGUUGCAGUCUAUCAGGACUGCGAACGGAGCAGGCGCUGUGGGGGUGAACGCGGGGGGAUCUUACAGUCAGUAUUAUCUAUGA